CAAAUUAAAACUCCAUCGAUCAUCUCAGCGACUUCAAAAGUCGCCUUUAAUCUACUCUAGCAAGAUGGCCUGUAUAAAGACUACAGGCCUAUCAUCUAUGGCGUUUACGCUUUACUCGUUAUUAUCUCUUCUUUGGAUAAGCUCCACCAAAGCUGAAGUUUGUUCCGCUGAAAUGAACGUGGUGUUUGCCGUGGAUGGGUCGUACAAGGUGGGCGUGGCCAACUACGACCUUAUCGUAAAUUUUGUCUCCAAUGUUUCCAGUAACUUUGACGUGGCUGUUAACAAGACCUGGAUCAUUACCGUACUUGGAAACGAGACAGCCGUCUAUAAAACCAAAGAAGAGUUAGACAAUUCUACGCUGACAAGUUUCCCAAAUAGUUCACACGUAUUCCUCGGUCAAACUUUGGAAUUAGUUAUGCAACGUUUAAGUGAAAAUGACACUCAAAGAGAUGCUCCUAACGUGGUCGUUCUUAUAGCAACACACACAUCUGAUGACGACAUUGCUAUUCCAACAGUUCACUUAAAGACGUCCAAUGCGACUUUAUUCGUGGCGGGUAUUGGCGACCAGUUCUCAUUUGGUCAGCUAAAAGAGAUAGCUUCUAAUCCCGACGAAGAGCAUUUCAUGGAAGCUAAUGACACGACUGAUUUAUUAAAACGUUUUUCAACACCCUUAGCUAAUAAAAUAUGUCAAGUUGUGGACAGAUGUGUGAGCUCUCCAUGCCAUAACAAUGGUAAAUGUACCAGCAUUCCUGGUGGGUACAGCUGCGAUUGUCUGCCAGAAUUCAAUGGAGAUAACUGUGAGAUAAGCAAGUUUGUGGAAUACAUACACCUGGGGUGUUUCCAAGACAACAAUGUCACCAGUGUAAUUCCAUCUUUGGAGUCAGAGAAUGCCACGUACCUCGAUGGUAAUUUCAAAACAAGAACUAACCCUAUUAAAAAAUGUGCUUUGGAAGCUGCCAAGAUGGGCUACAAAGUGUUUGUUCUUCAAGACGGAGGUGCCUGCCAUUCUGGUCCUCAUGCUUAUCUAAAUAACAGUGUAUAUGGUGAUGGCUUCUGUGGUAUAGAUCCUGGGCUGGGUGAUGGUCUUGGAAAUGACCUUUAUCUUCUUGGAGCAAAAUGUGGUAACCUGUUAAAUGACAGUCUCAUUCACUUAUCGAACACCACAAUCCAUGGCUCAUCUUUCAAUGAAUCCUGGAAAGUCCCUCUAUUAAAUGGAAACUAUUCUUGGUGUCCAGAGGAUAGUGACUUGACACGCAAACUUGAGAUUGACUUAGGGCGCGAAGCUUUCUUAACUGAGCUGACUUUGCAAGGCAAAAAAGACUCCAUGGAUUAUCCCGACAACUACUGUUUUGCCUCUGCUGUUGAUGGUGAUGCAUAUGAGGAGAUCGUUAAAGACUUUUCAACUUGUUUAGUUAGCCUUUCAAACCAAAGUUCUAAUACCAAACUUGAAGUCGUCCCAACUUCUGUGUUAACGGCUCAAUAUCUCACCUUUGCCCCAUGGAGACCAUUCAAAGGCGAUGGAAUGUGCCUAAGAAUAGACGUUUUUCGCCGCUACAACGAAUGUAAGGUUCUGUUCUAUUUUAUACCACUAUAAAUGUACAAUUGAUCUAUCUCUUAUUGGCUACUUCACUCACUAUCUAUUCAAUUGCAGAUAAUGAGUAGCCUGGCAGUGUGCGGUUGAUGACAGAAUGGUUACUGCUUCUUUGCAUUUUCAAAAUGUCUGGGAAAAGAAUUCACUGAUAACGAUUAAUACUAAAACAAUUUCUAGGUUAUUCACACUCGAUUUCUAUACGAGAUAGUUUACUGGGGCUGCGCCCUUGUAAGCUACAUGCAUCACGCGACAGACAUCUCAAGCUCAUAAUCUAAUUGUUUCAUGAAAGAUGUCUAAGGAAGAGCAACCUAAAGGCUUCGGUUGAUCUGUUCUAGCUCACUUUAUCUCGACUGAAACUACAACAAAAUCCUCGAGUCCCGUAUUAGCUAGCAAAACUGU